GGGCUCCGCGGGGACGCGGCCGCAGCCGGCUGCUGGAGUGAGGGCUGAGCGGAGCCCGUGAGCGCGGAGAGGUUUAUGAUGGAACUCACAUCUUUGCCUAAAUUCCUUUGGACAAGUGACAACAGAUUUCUGCAUCACCAUUUCCCGGAUAUACUGGCUACUGUUCACACCACACAAGACAUUCCUGAAGAAGCUGUUUUUGGCCCGUGCAUGCUGCAGAACACCCUGCUGGACACUGUAGCUUUUAUUGCCCUCAAGUGUUCUGAUAGACGGACCAUCCACUAUGUGUUUAAGGUAGAUGUCACGUCUGUGCACAGUCCUACAGGACUGCCUUGGAUGAGGCUCGUACAAGCAGCUGCCAAUAGCAAGGAGCAAAACUUGGAAGCUUACUUAGAAAACAGUCAGUUAUAUUAUCGCUCUACCAGGAAAAUCAACAAAAAUGAGGAGCUACUUGUCUGGUAUGAUGAAGAGCUUUCCAGACUCUUGGGUUUCAAUGAGAUAAAAACUCAGAGUCCCCAGAAUGAGAUGAGAUGCCAAGAAUGCAACCGAGUCUUUAGAUGUGAGCAUUCCUAUCUGUCCCACGUCCGCUUCCUGUGCAUCCCAGAGAAGAGUGCCCUAUGGAGGAACUUCCAGGGUGAAAAAGUCACCUUAGUGGAGCAGAACACGAAUUUCCACAGCCUGGCAAAGGAUCUAGAGGUCAAAAUGACAGCUUGCAAAGAUGAUGCCUGUGGUCUCACUGGAGAAAAGAGAGCAAAAUCAGAAGAGGCUGAGAACAACAGGAGCAGGAAAACAGUGUUGUUGGAGAAAACAAAUAAUCUGAGUGAGGAACAUAACUGUGGGGGCAAGGAAGAGGCUGGAGGAGAGCAUGCACCAGCUGGUUCUUUCUGGAAGCUGAGUUCAGGAAGGCAGUCAGCUAGGAAGGAGGCUUUUGAGCAGAAGCAGAGUGCUUUCACUGAGGUCAGGACGACAAAGGAGAAGCUGAGGAAUGAGAGACCCAAAGAGUCAGACCAGGAGGAUGGCACAGGUCCCACUGGUAAGGAGCAGGUAUCAAAGGAGGCAUUGCUGAACUCCUCUGGUAGUGCAUUCUCUUUUGUGUGGCCCGCCAGAGGCCAAGGAGAGCAGAAAAGUGCUUUCAGCAAGCCCAGUAAAUGUCUUGCAGAAAGAGUGGCAAUAAAUUCUUCUCAUCCCAUGAGUGAGUCACCAAAGAGCCUGGGGGAGCUGUCUGGCUUCAUUGCCACCACAGACAUCAUGUGCUGCAGCACUCUUCUCAAUUCCAAGUUCUUUGUCAGUGAUUUGUGUAAUGCUCAGAUGCUGCAGACUAGCAUCAUUCGGGGAAAUGUUUUCCCUUAUAGCUCAGAACCAUGGCACAAGCAAGCAGAACAGUUACAGAAUACGACCACCACUUCUUCCUCCACCUCCACCUCCUCCUCCUUGACUCUUCUUCCCCCCACCUUCACAUCCUUUGGAGUGGCUGCCCAGAACUGGUGUGCCAAAUGCAACCUGUCCUUUCGCAUGACUUCCGAUUUAGUCUUCCACAUGCGGUCACAUCACAAAAAAGAAUACUCUUCAACUGAAUCCCAGAGCAAGAGGAGACGGGAGGAGAAGCUCACAUGUCCCAUUUGUCAUGAGUACUUCCGAGAACGCCAUCAUUUAUCCCGGCACAUGACCUCUCACAAUUAGAGCUGUGCAGAUGGGUCUCACCAAGGGACUGGGCAGGUUGGGUAGAGUAGGGGGACGUCGUUCAUUUGUAUCCAUUUCUUUUUUGCGUUUACAUUAAUUUCUUACAGAAAAUCACUGUUUACAGUAAUUUAUAAUCGAUGCUUUGCAAAAAAAAAUACGAUAUGUUUACAAAAGUCUGAGUGGGUUGUAAGUUUUGCAAACUCAGCCUGGCCCUUGUCAAUCUAUUUUUGAGGAAAUAAAAUUGUGAAAUGAAUGCACACACGCAGUAUUAAUUUGCAAACAAAGUUUGGGGACAAAGGUAUCAUUUUGCAGACAAAAUUUGAUUUGCUGGUGUCUGUGCUGUACAAUGUAAAUACAGAAGCAGCAACCUCUUCACUGAAUGCAGAAUCUUUAAA